AUGAAAGCAAAAAAGAUCAAGGAUCGAAAAGAAGACGCAAUCGAACUGGAUGCUGGAGACAUCCUUGUAACGCAUCCUCGAGAAUUGACACACGCUAGAUCAUUGCCCACACAAAUGCCCAUGAGCAGUGAUGACAUCGGCUUUGACUCUUCUCUUUUACCACCUCCAUUGCUACAAAUGGUCAUCAAAUACAAUUACAUCCUCGACACAAUCUAUCCACUUGAAAACACCGUCGACCCCCGCAGCCGUUGGACAGACAAUUUACUCCUUGUCUACCGCGAUAGGAAGAUUCUUACUGGAAUCUGCAUGGCGAUGUCUGCUGUUACUGAUAUUACACUGAACAGCCGACUGUCCUCCGGAACCCAGCAAAUUCUCUGCAACAUGCUCUCUACCUUGAACCAAGGUCUGCAUCAAGCCGUAAAACAACAAUCGGCCAAGACAGUGUUGACUAUUUUGAUCUUGUUGUUUAUAGCUGAGGGUUUGCAGGACUUUGAUGCUAUAGGGACGCACUUGGAGGGUGUUGGACGAUUGCUUAUCAUUGAAGAUCGAGUGCCUACGGGGUGGGAUGCGAAGUUGCUUUUCAAGAUACAGCAGUUUGACUUGAGGUUGGCGUUGGCUACAGGUCGACCUCUGCGGCUUGCGCUGGAAUAUCCCUUUAACACAGUACCAACGAUUGGAACAUCAGGUAUCUUGGAAAAACUAGAGGUGUCCUCACUGAAGGUCGUUGGGGCUUUUCAGAACUUGCAAGCUCUGACGCAACAUGUUACGGAAUCCAUGAGGUUGAGAACAAGCUUGAUAUGGGAAGAUGUCCAACCACAGGUCAGCACUAUUCAGACGCAGCUACUCGGCUUGGAAGAAAAUGAUUUAUCAGAUAUGGAGGAAGCACUACGGCUUGGAAUACUUGGCUUCCUUACAACACUGUCGCUCAGUCCUAUUAGAAGACUACAUCUGCCAAGAUUUUGUAGUCAGUUAGAAAUGAGCUACAUGAUGCAGUGCAACAACAAGGCAUUUGGUAUAUGGCUUGUGAUGAUGGGCUUGUUUUCGACGGUCGAGGUCACGGAUCCUGUUGUUGGCGAUCUGUGGAUGCGGAUGGUGGACGCUGGCCUUUCAUGGCCGGAUGCACGGAAGACGAUGGUGGAUGAACAGCUUCCUUGGAUAGGGUUCAUUCAUGAUGAACCAGCGAAGAAGAUGUUUGAUUGCCUUCAAGCAUCAAGAAGGCCAACAGAGUCUUUUCAAUAG